GUAGCGCUCGUUGAGGGUCCCCUAACCUCAAACAUAAGAAUUUUGAUGUCUCCGAGUCUAAAAAUGUCAAUCAAAUCAGAUUAAUCUUCACACAAAUUAAUUUCUCGUGAACCUCAAAUAAAUCACAAAUUCCUUUCGGAUAAGUUUUUCUCGGGAAAUUCAAAUUCCUCCACGUGUGAGGAGAGGUUAAAAAAAGUCGUGAUGGAGGAGGAGGAGCAAAAGAGUGUAAAUGAUUCUCGAUUCUUGCGAUAAAGAAUACAUGAUCACGUCUUCCGUUAAAAACGAAAUAAAAUAUUUGCAUGUAGCAUCGCAAAUUAUUAACGUUAUUAUCGUUACUCUCGAACAUUCAAUCGAUGAUAUAAUUGAAUUACAGCUGACAGGUCGAAAGUAUUGUGGCUAUAAUUAAACCCAAUGUUCCUAUAUAUGUCGAACACGUCUCGUCUAAAAUAAAUCUUCGCGAAUGUCGCGACGUCUAGAUAGUUCCAUCAUUUCCAAUACGAUAUAAAAGCGGCUGCCAAAUAUUAUAUUAAGAAUGAAUACAAGCUGAAUUUCAAAUUUCAGUCGCAUAAAGCCCGAGAAAAUCGAAUUGCUCGCUGUGCGUUUGAAAACUUGCUAAGUUGAUCAAUUACCAUUUGUCAUCAAACGGAAGAGUUAUUUUAUUAUGACGAAGUCAGAUAUAACUGCACUGCAAUGGAAGGAGAAGGGUAAUGAAGAAUUUAAUAAAGGCAAUUGGUCAGAAGCCUUGAGUCACUAUACAAACGCACUAAAACUGGUAAAAGACGAUAAUCCUGAAAAAGCAAUAUACUAUAAAAAUCGAGCUGCUGCCUAUUUGAAAUUACGAGAUUAUGAAAAGGUGAUCAAGGACUGCGAUAAUGCAUUAAAAAUAUGCUGUAACGAUCCCAAGGCAUUGUUUCGUAGAUGUCAAGCAUUCGAAGCAUUAGAAAGAUUUGAGGAGGCAUAUCGGGAUGCAAGAAAUAUCAUUUUAUCUGAUCCUAACAACAAAGCUAUUCAGCCCAUAAUAACACGCCUGCAUGAGAUUGUUCAAGAACGUCACAAAGAAAAUUCACGUAUUAGUGUUAAGGUAUCACAAAUGCUGGAUCUGGCCUUUAAUAUGAGCGCGGAUCAGGAAAAACGCGAAACCGCUAUGAAUAAUUUACUUGUGCUCGCACGUGAGAGAGCUGGUGCCGAAGAAAUCUUCAAAGAAGGAGGCGUAUCCAGAAUAACGAAAUUUGUGAAGUUCGAGAAGAAUGAGGAAGUGAUUUGUAGUGCGAUUCGUAUUAUAGGCGAAUUAUGCAAAAAUAAUAUUAAUCGAACUGAAUCUAUCAUAAAAGACAUCGGUUUACCCUGGUAUUUAGAAAUGAUGAACAGUAAGCUUGCAGAGAGAGUUAACGCAUCUCAGCAUUGUUUGCAGAUUGUAUUGAACACUUACAGCGGUAUGGACAAUAAACCCGACUCGAAACCUGAUAAGGCUAUGUGUGAAGCGCAUAAAAAGGAAAUAGACACAAUUCUGUCAUGUCUGUUGUAUAGCAUAACGAAUAGAACAAUAACAGGCCUUGCAAGAGAUGCAAUAAUAGAACUUAUUAUGCGAAAUAUUCAUUAUACUGCGUUAGACUGGGCCGAAAGAUUAGUCGAGCUUCGCGGUUUGCAAAGACUGAUGGAAGUUGCUAGUGAAAUGGAGGAAUACAAAUAUGAAUCCUCAAUGGAUAUCACGUCUUCCACGCGAACUAUAACCAGUGUAUGUUUAGCUAGAAUAUAUGAAAAUAUGUAUUAUGAUGCCGCCAAAGAAAAAUUUAAUAAUGCCAUUGACGAAUUUAUCAAAGAUAAAUUACUUUCGCCUGACAUAGAAUCCAAGGUGCGUGUAGUAGUUGCAAUAACUACGUUAUUAUUGGGUCCGCUGGAUGUCGGAAAUGCAGUUGUCGCUAAAGAAGGAAUUCUGGAAAUGAUACUUGUAAUGGCGGGAACGGAUGAUGUAUUGCAGCAAAAAGUGGCUUGCGAAUGUAUCGUUGCUGCUGCAACUAAGAAAGACAAGGCCAAUGCGAUCAUAAAUCAAGGUGUAAAUAUAUUGAAGAAACUUUAUCAAUCUAAAAAUGACUCGAUUCGGGUUCGAGCAUUAGUAGGAUUGUGCAAAUUGGGCAGUUCCGGAGGUACAGAUGCAACUAUCAGACCGUUUGCAGAUGGAGCGACGAAAAAAUUGGCUGAGGCAUGCAGACGAUUUUUAAUUAAUCCUAAGAAGGAAAAAGACAUGAGAAAAUGGGCUGUGGAAGGUUUAUCAUAUCUCACUUUCGACGCCGAAGUCAAAGAGAAAUUGAUCGAGGAUCAGGAAGCCGUUCAAGCGAUGAUUGAGCUUGCUAAGACGGGCGAUCAGUCGGUUCUUUAUGGUGUAGUCACGACAUUGGUAAAUCUGUGCAAUGCUUAUGAUAAGCAAGAACUCAUACCCGAGAUGAUAGAAUUGGCAAAAUUCGCCAAACAUCAUAUUCCCGAAGAACAUGAAUUGGAUGACGUCGAUUUCGUAAAUAAAAGAUUAUGUACGUUAGCGAAGGCCGGUGUGACCAGCGCUUUGGUCAGCCUUGCCAAAACGGAUAGCCAAAACAGUAAGGAAUUGAUAGCUCGUGUUUUCAACGCGAUAUGCAGUCAACAGGAGGUGAGAGGAAUAGUCGUCCAACAAGGUGGCACGAAGGCACUGCUGCCGUUAGCGUUGGAUGGUACAGAUAAGGGAAAGAAGCAAGCCUCGCAAGCCUUGGCCCGUCUGGGAAUCACGAUAAAUCCAGAAGUCGCGUUUCCCGGUCAAAGAAUCAUGGAGGUAGUUCGACCAUUCAUAAAUCUCCUGAAUCCAGAAUGUUCUGCUCUCGAGAACUUCGAGAGUCUAAUGGCUCUGUGCAAUCUAGCUGGCGUUAGCGACAGUGUGCGAAAACGUAUAUUAAAGGAGGGAGGAUUUCAAAAGAUCGAAGCUUACAUGUAUGAAGAUCAUGACAUGCUGAGACGCGCAGCCACUCAAGUUAUAAAUAAUCUGGUAAUGUGCGAGGAGGUGGUUCAAUAUUUCGAGAAGGAAAAUGAUCGAGUCAAAUAUCUCGUGAUACUCUGUGAGGAUGAAGAUCAGGAUACUAGCAUGGCAGCGGCUGGAACUCUAGCGAUGCUGACGUCGGCUAGCAAAAAGGCUUGUGAGAAAAUUUUCGACUCGAAAGAUUGGCUGGAAUCUUUGCACUUCUUACUCGCUAAUCCGAACAGCGAUAUACAACAUCGAGGUAUCGUGAUCGUGCUAAAUAUGAUGAAAAGCACGAAGGACGUUGCUGCGAAACUCAUCGAAACGGACAUAAUGGAACUACUAAUGGCGUUGAGUAAAAACGAUACCGUGGAAAACAAAAAGAUCAAGGAAUUGGCAUCCACUGCUUUAGAAGCUGCCGCAGAAUGGAAGUUAAUCAAGAAAAACAUCGAACAAAAUGAAUCGUCAGAAAAUGAUCAAUCUGUAAAUUAUUCAACAGGAUGUCAUGUGAAAGAUAUUCGAAAUGUGCUGUACAAAAUAUGAUAAAAAAACUUAAAAGUGUGAUAAAUAAUAAGACUCAAAAUUUUAAUUCGAAAACGAUUGACAUGAUAAUAAAACCAAGUGUAUAUUUACACUGGAAAUAUAAUUAUUAUA